GGUGGCGGGUCCGGGCGGCGGGGCCCAACAGCGGAGCGGGGCCGGAGCCGCGAUCCUUCGCCAUGGCCGAAUCCAAGACCCGCCGGGUCCCGGACACCUUCAGCGAAAGCCCCAGUACUGGUUUGGGCCCAUGCGGAUGGAUUUUAGUGGUGGUUUCAUUUUUCUUCACCGUUAUUACCUUCCCCUUCUCAGUAUGGAUGUGCAUAAAGAUCAUAAAAGAAUAUGAGAGGGCCAUUAUCUUUCGACUGGGGCGCAUCUUGCAGGGGGGAGCAAAAGGGCCAGGUUUGUUCUUCAUCCUGCCUUGCACUGACAGUUUUAUCAAAGUGGACAUGAGGACAAUUUCAUUUGAUAUUCCUCCACAGGAGAUUCUCACCAAGGAUUCCGUGACGGUCAGUGUGGAUGGCGUGGUUUAUUACCGGGUUCAGAAUGCCACCUUGGCUGUGGCCAAUAUUACCAACGCUGACUCCGCCACCCGACUUCUGGCACAAACCACAUUGCGAAAUGUCCUGGGCACCAAGAACCUCUCUCAGAUUCUCUCUGACCGUGAAGAGAUCGCACACAAUAUGCAGGCCACUUUGGAUGAUGCUACAGAUGACUGGGGGAUCAAAGUGGAGCGGGUGGAGAUUAAAGAUGUGAAGUUACCUGUGCAACUCCAGAGAGCUAUGGCUGCUGAAGCAGAAGCUGCCCGGGAAGCCAGGGCCAAGGUCAUUGCUGCUGAGGGGGAAAUGAAUGCCUCCAGGGCUCUGAAAGAAGCCUCUAUCGUCAUCACCGAAUCCCCGGCCGCCCUCCAGCUCCGCUACCUUCAGACUCUCACCACCAUUGCUGCAGAGAAGAACUCCACCAUCGUCUUCCCUCUGCCCAUUGAUAUGCUGCAGGGCAUCAUGGCCAAGCACUAACCUGCAGAGCUGGAGGCAGGAAGCUGGGGCUGACCACAGUGAACCGGAGCAGGGGCCCCAAUCUAGCUGGAACCUGCGAGUAGCGAAAGCGGGGAAAUCUAAACCCAGCUCUAACCUUUUUUCUUCUGUGACAUGUUGACUUCGAUGUGCUUAGGGUGUAAAGUAAUCACAGCGUGACAUAAAAAUUGUUAGUUGCUACUUCUGAAGGAGAUCAAACUUUGUUCAUUUAUAUGAAACCUGCUUUAAACUUUCAAAUGUAUAUUUUUUAUUUUUCCCGAUAUUUUUUUUUUUGAUAAUCCUUUUUGUAGCUUAAAUCUUCCCCCAAAGGCCAUUUUUUUUAAGUUCCUUUUUUUCUUUACUUUUUUUUUUUUUUUUGAGUUGACAGCCGCACUAAUCAUCCAUCUCAGGAGUCCAGAGCAAGAACUUCCCUUGCAGUAGCAGAUACCCGGAGGGCACUGUUACUAUGGAAUAGAUUUUGCUCUAGGUUUUGACCUCCCCUGCUAGGCAAACAAAUUUUUCCUUAAGUCUCAUUCAUUCUCAAACCACCCCUCCCUUUUUCUCCCACAACACAAUAAGGGAUAGUGCCUCUUUUGUCUCUUUCCUAUCCAUGGUGUUGUGGGGAGCGUCCUGAUUUUGCCUCCCUAGGGUAUGGAGACUGUUUCCAAGCGAACCGCCACUCUGUCACCAUGGCUGCAGUUGAGUGGUCGUCAUAGAAACCCUGCCCGGUUGCAAGCUCUCUCUGCUGUUGGAAAAGACUAACCCAAUAACUUCAAGGCCUCUAAGACCUUUUGUAGACCAACUUUGCUUUGUAUUUUGAAAUAGAAGUGUUUUAUAAAUUGUUCCAAGACUCAAUUUUAGUGUUUAUCAUUGCCUUUCAGACCCUUUAUAUAAUCACUAAAGGGCUUGUAUAUCUUAUGGCAAUUUUUUAAUAGUUUUAUUUAAAAAUGACAAUAACCAUGCAAUGACUAAGCUUUUCUAUAUCUGAUUGGGGGAUUAGGGAUUCUGGUUGUCUUUUAGUUUCCCAUGUUUGCCCCUCCAUCUGCCCCUUUGAUAUACCAGUGCACAUUAGGAACAUUCCUGGGCCCGGGAUGUAAACGGGUAUGUAAAUUGGGUGUCCAGCCCUGCAUGUUGGUUUUUUUUCAUGGUUAUGGGACAAAUCAUGCCAAUUGAAUGAUUAAAGAAUGAGGCAGUAAGCAGUACUUCCUUUUGUAACAAUAAUGUACAUCUAAAUUCCAAAUUAAAUAUCAUCCUUUUGCUUUUUUCCAUUACUUUUUGCUUUGAGGAAGAAAAACCUGAUGUCCCUCCUUGCAAGCCACUGGCCCUGCAUGAGUGACCAUUCCCCUUCACUAUAUCCUUUGUGAGGCCCCAAAUUGUCCUGGAGACAUUGAGAUGAGCUGCUGCUCCUCAAAUAAAUAAACCACCAAAAAAAAUAAGCCACCCUCUGGGGUUCCUGAUGGCCUGGGCCAGCUGGGUCUCCCCCAGCUGAAUUUGUAAAACCUCCUCUGACUCUUUCCUUGGUGUAAGAGCUGCAUAUGUGGACUUCUUCAGUAGAAAUAUUUGGAUCUUCUCAAAACUUAAACUCAAGAUUUGUUUUAAAUUUUUAUUCUUAUUAUUUUGGAAUUUGUUCUGUAAUAUUCUUCUUGAAUUAUGCAGCUUGAAGUUCUUGUCAAGGAUCUCUUCUCGGGCCCAGGAUGGCUGUACUUUUCUGAUCUUCUUGAAUCUCAAUACUAAAAUGCCCUCAUUUCUGACUUCCCAGCAGCACCAGUGGAUUAUAGGUUUGGAUGAUACAAUAUGAUGGAGAAGGACUGGAGAUCAGAAAGGAAAUUAUAGUAAGACGCUACUGUAAGAAUUCUCCUAGGGCCUUCAUUUCCUAUAAUAUACAGAAUAAAGUAUACAGCUUUCCAUCGGUC